CAGAUUCAGCUCCUCAGCAGAGCUUCUGUCCAGCCCAGUCAGCAGCCCGAGUCUGGGUUCUGGGCCCCCAGCAGAGAGCGGCCGGUCACCAGUCCGCCGCCGCGGAUCAUUCCAGCUCAUUGUCCGCAGCGGCGGUCAGAGAGAUAGAGUAGUCCACCAGGCUGACCAGCAGGAGGCAGCAAAGAGGUGCUGUCCAUGGUGCUGAAAUGCACACCUAUACUCUCUCCCUCUCUCUCUCCCUCUUACACACAUACACACACACAAACACAUGCACACACACACACACACACACAUUUUUUUCAAAACUAUCAAGCUGUUGUUGUUGCUUAUAAUAAUAAUAUUUAAUUUGCCAUCAGUGAGACACUUGAAGACAACAAAGAAAACAUUAGUGAAUACAGUAUUACAGUAAACAUCUACACGCAGUAUAUUGUAAUAAUACAAUAUAUAAAACAUUUAUAUAAAUCAACAGGUCAGUAAAAAUGAAAAUUCUGUGAAUUGAUGUAACCUGAUGAUAUAUUAUUGUACUUUAUACUGUAAUAAACAUUUAACACCCUCCUUUAUGACUGAACAUCUGUACAUCACACACACACACACACACUUACAGAAAUUAGUUUAGAGCCAGUGACAUCAUCACCGCCUUCUCCAAUAAAUUCCACUCAAGCUCCCUCCCUCUCUCUCUGAGGGAGCGCGAGCCUCAGCAGCGUUCACAUGCGCUCGCGCUCUCAGACUCGCAGCAGUGUUGUAAAGUGCUCCUCACGCGCUCUCAGACUCUCUCUCUCUCUCUCCUUGUGCGGCUGCUGCUGCUGCUGUUGCGCACGGGCAUCGGUCAGUGACGCACGGGCUCUUAUAAGACUAUCAGCACCUGCAGAGCUGUGGUGAUGAGCCGGAAGAGCCGCACACAGGGACGGCAAGGGACACGGCACAUGGAGAAGAGAGUUCAUCCCCAAACUGCUGUAUAGGACACUACUGCUAAAUUUGGAGUACACACAUUAGUGCACUGGAGUGUAGUGUAGUGAAGUAUAGUAUAGUCCCGUACAGUGAAGUGUAUAGUAUACAAUAGUAUGUGGUUUUGGACGCAGCCAGACUGACCACAUGGAGAUCAACAGCACGGACUUCCAGGCUGGCAACUGGUCCAACUCCAGUUCCGGUUCUGGUUCCAGUUCCAGUUCCGCUUUUGGCGUCUGGGAGGUUCUGACAUCUCUCCUGCUUGGUGCGCUGAUCCUCAUGUCCAUUGUGGGCAAUGCAUGUGUGAUCGCGGCCAUCGCCCUCGAGCGCUCCCUGCAGACCAUCAACAACUACUUGAUCGGCUCCUUGGCGGUGACGGAUCUACUGGUGUCGGUUCUGGUGCUGCCUAUGGCGGCGCUGUACCAGGUGCUCCAGCGUUGGACCCUUGGCCAGGUGGCCUGCGACCUGUUCAUCGCCCUGGAUGUGCUGUGCUGCACCUCGUCCAUCCUGCACCUGUGCGCCAUUGCCCUGGACCGGUACUGGGCCAUCACUGACCCGGUGGCCUACAUGACCCGCAGGACACUGUGCCGUGCUGCCACACUGAUUAGCCUGACAUGGCUUGUCGGCUUCUCCAUCUCCAUUCCACCCAUGCUGGGAUGGAGGACUCCAGAAGAUCGUGCCAACCCAUUGGAGUGCACCAUCAGCCAGGAUCCGGGCUACACCAUCUUCUCCACGUUUGGGGCGUUCUACAUCCCGCUGGCACUCAUGCUGGUGCUGUACGGCCGGAUUUUCCGGGCUGCACGCUUCCGCAUCCGCCGGAGUGCCAAGAAGAACACUGACAAGAUGAAGAUGAAGGAGAAGGAGAAGGACAGGAAGGGCACAGGUUUGACGGGGAAUGGAGCCCCAUGCACCAACGGAACUGGGACAAGCACCAGGCUGAAGCUGAAGAUGAAAAAGAAUGAGAAGGAAGGGUCUUGUACACACCUGUGCGUUGCUGUGUCACCAGUAAACCGAGCGCCAUGCACCUCAGUGACAGGCACACCAGACGUCAACAGAGUGAGCAGUCCUGAUGACCCAAGAAUUGACACUCCAGACGGCACCAGGGCGAGUACUCCAGAUAGUACCAGCUUAGGCAGUCCAGAGGUCACCAGGGUCGGCACUCCAGAGGGCAUCAGUUUGGGCAGUCCAGAGGACACAGAGACUGGUGCAGAGCUGAAGAUGAACAACGAUGGGUCUCGAACACAGUUGUGCUUCACUGUGUCUCCUGUUACUUCACCCAUGUGUGCCAACGGAACGGAAGCAGGCACCGAAGAGGGCACUGAACUCUUACAGGACUCAGGAGGGCGUGGAGGAUCCAAGCUUCACCUGGCACUGCCCAACCAGCCUCAGGCUGAAGGCGGAGGUGGAAGCAGAGGCGGAGGUUGUGGCGAUGCCCGGCGGAGGGCGCUGGCCCGAGAGCGGCGGACAGUGAAGACGCUGGGCAUCAUCAUGGGCACCUUCAUCCUAUGCUGGCUGCCCUUCUUCAUUGUGGCACUGGUGCUGCCCUUCUGCGGCUCCAGCUGCCCCAUGCCCCCCUGGCUGGGCGCCGUCAUUAACUGGCUGGGAUACGCCAACUCCCUGCUGAACCCCGUCAUCUACGCAUACUUUAACAGGGACUUCCAGAACGCUUUCAGGAAAAUGCUCAGGUGCAGGUUCAGCAGACAGUGACUGAUCAGAGGUAUUGAUCAACCUGAGGGUGUUGAUUCAUCAGCUACCAAUGAACCUAAAUCACUGAUUAAUCAUAGGUAUGGAUUAAUCUGGAAUAUUUAUAAAAAUGUAAAAAAAAAAAACAACAACUAACAAAUGAACUUGUUAAUUAGUCAGUUACCAAUUUGUGUUAUAAAUUGAUCAGAAUGACCAGUUAUUGAUUAAUCAGUGCUCUCUGAUACUCAAUCUGAUAUUUUAUUGUAAAACAUACAUAGAAUUAUUGGUUAACCAGGGUAAUUGAUCUGGUAUCAAUCUAAAUUAUUACUUAACUAUACUUAACUGAAUCAUGAAUUAAUCUGAGCUAACAAAAAGUUAUCAGUUAACCAGAUUUUAAUUUGGUGAUCAGAUCAGAUGUACUUGAUGUACGGAGUUUCUGGUUCUUAAAGUAUUCAGUCAUUCAGCAAGACUGAUGAAGCAGAGUAAUCAAUUUAUGUGAAUUGUUGAUUAAUCAGAGUCAUUCAUUGAAUAAGAUGAGUUAUCAUUUAUAGUGUCGGAUAAAUAUGAGAGAGAAUAUGCUGAUUAAUUAAUUUGCAGAGUUAACCCAUGCAGCGGGACAGUGUUAUUUACAGUUAUUAACAAAUCUGAGAUAUGAGAUAUGUAGCAAUGUAGCAAUGAGUAAAGUGUGGGGGGUUAAUUAAUCAGUAAUUGGUUAUUUAAAUUAUAAUAUUUAUAAUUGAUAUCUGUUAUUAAGUCUGAAAAUAGAAUUGAUCAAUUGUAAAUUAAAGAACAUAUCAAACAGUUAGUUCUGGGUUAAUCUGGAGUUAUUGAUUAAUCUGAAUAUAUUUUUUGAAAUGACCUAAUAACGAAUCACAGUUAUUGAUUAUCUUUAUUAAUUAGAGGUCAUAGAGCUGGCUGUGGAUAUGAGGAUGAUGAUGAAAAAGAGGAAGAAGCUGGACUUGGCUGAGUGUGUUUGCGGUCACUGAUGGUCAGUAAUGGACUUUGGUCAUUAUCACUCCGCUCCUCUCCCUUUAUUGGACGCGUUUGGUCAGUAGAAACUGCAGGUCUUUCUGUGUCCUGUGCUGAAGCUGCUGUGGGAUUAUGAGGAGUGUGUCUGUGGAGUGUUAGAGACACACACACACACACACACACACUGAUCGUACGGACAGACGGACUGAAACUUAUUUAAUUUCUUUGAUUGAUGAUGGUGUACCUGGAUCAAUAUCUGUGAUUAACAUGUGUGUGUGCGUGCAUGCGUGUGUGUAUGCAUGUGUGAGUGUAUGGCUCUACAUUCUCCUUUGCCACAGCGCUGUAAAAGAGGUUCAGAAAUUCUGGUCUCUCUCAGGUCCUGUAGGGGUCAGACGAGCGUAACUACAAAACAGAUCUGUGUGUGUGUGUGUGUGUGUUUGAGUGUGGCCUUGAUUGUGCGUGUGUUUGUGUGUGUGUGUGAUCAGGGUAAGAUAAGUUCCAAUUCAAAUAUGACAGAAGAGUUACAGAAUAAACUGUUAAAAUCAUGUUUACACUCUGUAUCCGUGUUAGUGCUGUUAUAACACUCAUUACAGACAGACAGACAGACAGACAGACAAAAAAGGCAGACAGACAGAGUGCUGCAUUGACUGGAGAUUAAACAUUCAGACACUAAAACACAACUUCACAUUCAUGGCAGAAUGAUGUGUAUCCUAUUUUAUAUUGAGAACACUAGAGAGCCUAGAGAAUACUUACCCAACAGACAUUAACAAACACCAACUAAUCAUCGAAAGACACCCAAAAACAACAACAGACAGCAAUUAAUAU